AUGAAAAUUGUUCGCACUAUCUAUCUCAGGGGCUUUUCCAAAUCGAUUUUGUGGACAGUUUAUCGUCGGUCUCUGCUGUCUUUGGAGACUAUCUACUAUACAAAUAUGCUUUCUGGUUUCGCUACAUCUCUUGUUCAAGCUCUUGAGGCUGCCGGAACUCCUACUGACGAUAUCACAAUACAAGAGUAUGUACCUACUUAUAUGCCUCGUAUUUUAAAUGAUGUGGAGUCUGCACCUUUGUAUAGUCCUGCUGAAUGUGGUAAGGAGCAAUUGUUAAUUAAGAUGGUUUCCACUUGUGAUAUUAGGGAUGACGAAACAGUGCUGGAAAUCUAUGAGGGAGGAUUAUCCUUCACGAGUAUUCCCAUUUUUAGGCAGCGUUUGUGCUUGAUUGGAACCUCAUAUUUGUGUAUGAAUCCUGUUGAACACACGUUGGUCAUGGAUAAUCAUUCAGUCCACGGUCCCUCUGCUACAUCCAGUCUCUCCCUUAACCAUGGAGAACUCUCGCUGGACUUUGUUCUAGAAGAAGGAAUGGAUCGUCUGAUUAAUACAUUCAGCUUUGGACCAACAUUCUCGGCUAUUCAUUCGAGCAGUAUGGAUGAAGAUCAAAUUCAAGUGACACUGAUUCGUUCUUGUGGUAACUCGUCGGAUUCUGAAGGCUUUACGAUUUAUGAGGGAGCUACGCGUGACCAUGCUAUCUAUAGUCAGACUACUUGUGCUGCUGGUGUAGUGAACCUGUACAUCACACGUGAUCUCUACACGAUUGUGAUGACGAAUUCGAAUGGACAGGUUUGGGCUGAGAAUUCGAUGGUUCGUAUUUUCUACAACAGUUUGCUUGGAUCGUACAGGAAGGUUGUUGUGGGUGCUGAAGAGUCUGCAGUGUUUGCUCUUCCUGAAGUGAUUGAGGCUGGAGCUGCUUGGAAAUACUCUUCGGAGGCCAUGGUGGGCACGAGCUGGACCACGGAGAAUGUGGAUUGGAGCUUGAUCUCGGAGUACCCGGCUAUUUCUUCGAUCACGCGUUACUUCCGUCAGAGCUACACGUUGUCUGGAACUGGAUUCCGAUCUGUAAUCAUCCAGGUGAAGACGAACGGUGGCUUUGUGUUCUAUGUGAACGGAGUCGAGGCUUCUCGCUUCAACUUGCCCGCUGGAGAGAUUACUGCAACGACGCAGGCUACCGAACUGAAGGAGAGCAAUGUGUAUCGUAUUCUCCGCCUGUCCCUGGACGCUUAUUCUGCUGUGAAUGGUGUGUAUGAAUUCGCUGUGGAAAUGCACGCUGCUGAGGGUCAGAUUGGUCAGGCCGAACACUUCGAGUGCUCUGUGGAGUUCACGAUCUAUGAACAAUCGCUGGUUGCAAAUGGAGUAGCUCAAUCGAACAAGGCCGGUAUGGCUGCUCAUUCGGUUGAGAACCUGUUCGAUGCCUCGAUUUCUACCAAAUAUCGCGUCACUGUGACGAGCUCGGAUUUCCCUGUGGAAGUGACCUACACAUUCCCCGAGGGCGAUGAAUACACGAUGAAUAAGUAUGUGCUCACCAACGGCGAUUCAAUAUCUGCGGCUUGCAACACGUGGAAGAUCUUCGGUAGAAAGAACAAAGAUAACGACGAAUGGGUGAUGUUGGAUAGUCAAGAUAAUGUGGAAUGGAGCAAAGCAAAUGAAUCUCUGAGUUUCACUGUGAACAAUGUGGAUGCAUUCAAUGCCUACAUGUUCCAAUGUAGCUCAGUUGUGAAUAUCGAUAAUGAGUAUAAUGGAAAUCAGCUAGAUAUGGCUGAAUGGAUUCUAAGAAUUGUGUAG